CUCUUUUGCACUCUGUUUGAGUCUACUCACUGACCUUUUUAUGCGUGUCUUUCUUGCAUACAGGUGUCUCUGCAUUUCGCGCUCAUAACAUUUGUUGCUGUCCGGAAUACCAACUAUGAGCAGACCUAGCACACGUCAACAGUCACCCCAGAUAAUACAACCGCAUACGCACAGACCGCCAUAUAGCUGUGCACCUUCUUAUCCUACCUUACAGACGCCAAUUGUGAGCAAUUGAAACAGAAAGAAAUCCGCAGGAAAUGAGCUGGCAGGGCGCUGAGGCUACUGCUGGCGAUAACCAAAGCACACCAGCAAAAGGCGCUAGUACGCCAACCAAACAGACCAGGCUACCCAACACAUUACCGGUUGGACCACUGAGCAUAAUAGCCGAGGAGAAUGAGGACGUCUUCAAUGCGAUGAAUCCGCCACCACAUACAACUGGUGCUGUUGCCCAAAUAGAUUUUUGUUAUAUUCAAACAACAACUGCCCCAAAUAUAUCAUAA